AUCAAGGUCACCUACUACGAGAAGCACGACCUCCUCGCCCCCUCGUGCGGUACCGGCUCUUGGAACCCUGGAAAUGACGCCCUCAUCGGUGCUGUCGGCCACUGGGCUGGCGGACCCGAGUGCGGCGAAUUCAUGAACAUCUGCAACCCCAAGCACCCCGAUGGACAGAAGUGCCUCACCGUCCGUGUCAUCGACCAGUGUGCGGGAUGCGCGGCCAACCACAUCGACCUCACCAAGACUGGCUUCAAGGCUCUGUCCCCUAGCGGUGGCCUCGACGAGGGCGUCGUCGACAACCUCAAGCUCUACAAGGUCAGCGACCCGAGCGAGAGCGACUGGAACCAGGCCCUCUUCGGUCCCUUCAAGCUG